UUGUGUGGUUAUAUAGAAAGUGAAGUAUUCAAGAAAGUUGAAAAAGUGUGAGAGAUGGGUUUGAUGAGUGAGGCCUUAACACAGAUUCUGAUACCUUUAGCUGCUUUUAUUGGCAUUGGUUUUGCUCUGCUUCAGUGGUUUUUGGUCUCAAAGGUCAGAGUCUCCAGUGGGUCAAACUUGGUAAGUGAAUACAAUGACAAGUUGAUUGAAGAAGAUGAACAAGAAGAAGGGAUUGAUUCUGAUGAUGUUGUUGCCAAGUGUGCUGACAUUCAAAAAGCCAUUUCUGAAGGGGCAACAUCCUUCCUGUUUACGGAGUACAAGUAUCUUGGCAUAUUCAUGGUGGUAUUUGGAGCAAUCAUUUUUCUCUUCCUUGGAUCAGUAAAAAGUUUCAGCACAGAAAGUGAGCCUUGCACUUUCAACAAAGAAAAAAUUUGCAAACCAGCUUUAGCCAAUGCUUUCUUUACCACCAUUGCCUUCUUUCUGGGAGGCCUAACUUCAGCCCUCUCUGGCUUCCUUGGAAUGAAAAUCGCAACGUAUGCCAAUGCAAGAACGACUCUGGAAGCAAGGAAAAGCAUUGGGAAGGCCUUCAUUAUAGCUUUUCGCUCUGGUGCAGUUAUGGGAUUCCUUCUUGCUGCCAAUGGCCUCUUAGUUUUAUAUAUCUCUAUCAACUUAUUUAAGCUGUACUAUGGAGAUGAUUGGGAGGGUCUGUAUGAGUCUAUUACUGGUUACGGUCUUGGAGGAUCUUCAAUGGCUCUCUUUGGAAGAGUUGGUGGAGGUAUAUAUACAAAAGCAGCAGAUGUUGGUGCUGAUCUAGUAGGCAAAGUUGAACGUAAUAUUCCUGAAGAUGAUCCCCGCAACCCAGCUGUUAUUGCAGACAAUGUAGGUGAUAAUGUAGGGGAUAUUGCAGGAAUGGGCUCGGAUCUAUUCGGUUCCUAUGCUGAGUCAUCAUGUGCAGCACUGUUUGUUGCAUCCAUUUCAUCCUUUGGUAGUAGCCACGACUACUCGGCUAUGUCUUAUCCUCUGAUUAUCAGCUCAAUGGGAAUUGUUGUUUGCUUGAUAACGACUCUUUUUGCAACCGAUAUGUUUGAGAUAAAGAAUGUGACUGAGAUUGAACCAUCUUUGAAGAGGCAACUUCUCAUCUCAACUGUUCUGAUGACUGUUGGAAUUGCUUUUGUCAGUUUCUUUGCUUUGCCAUCAGAAUUCACUAUUUUCGAUUUUGGAUCCGAGAAAGUGGUGAAGAACUGGCACCUAUUCUUUUGUGUUUCAAUUGGUUUAUGGGCUGGCUUGGUCAUUGGUUAUACUACUGAAUAUUACACUAGCAGUGCUUACAGUCCAGUACAAGAAGUGGCAGAUUCUUGCAAGACUGGUGCUGCGACAAAUGUAAUAUUUGGAUUGGCUCUUGGAUAUAAAUCGGUUAUCAUUCCCAUAUUUGCCAUUGCUGCUUCUAUAUACGUGAGCUUCAGCUUAGCUGCUAUGUAUGGCAUUGCAGUCGCUGCUCUGGGAAUGCUUAGCACUAUAGCCACUGGGCUCGCAAUAGAUGCUUAUGGUCCUAUCAGCGACAAUGCUGGUGGUAUUGCAGAGAUGGCUGGAAUGAGCCAUAGCAUUCGUGAAAGAACUGAUGCUCUUGAUGCUGCUGGGAACACAACAGCUGCAAUUGGCAAGGGUUUUGCGAUUGGAUCAGCUGCACUUGUAUCUCUUGCUUUGUUUGGUGCCUACGUGAGCAGAGCUGGUAUCAAAACUGUCGAUGUCUUAUCACCUAAGGUCUUCAUUGGUUUGCUAGUAGGAGCAAUGCUUCCGUAUUGGUUCUCAGCCAUGACAAUGAAGAGUGUAGGCAGUGCAGCUCUGAAAAUGGUUGAAGAAGUUCGCAGACAAUUCAAUAGUAUCCCAGGGCUAAUGGAAGGAACAGCAAAACCAGACUAUGCAACUUGUGUCAAAAUCUCAACUGAUGCUUCACUCAAAGAGAUGAUCCCACCAGGUGCUUUAGUCAUGUUAACACCUCUUAUUGCUGGUACCUUUUUUGGAGUGGAAACACUAGCUGGUGUGCUCGCUGGUUCUCUCGUUUCUGGUGUUCAAGUUGCUAUUUCAGCUUCAAACACGGGAGGAGCAUGGGAUAAUGCCAAGAAGUACAUAGAGGCUGGUGCAACAGAACAUGCUAGAUCAUUAGGACCAAAAGGAUCAGAUGCACACAAAGCUGCAGUAAUUGGAGAUACAGUUGGUGAUCCAUUAAAGGACACUUCUGGUCCAUCAUUGAAUAUACUGAUCAAGCUUAUGGCUGUUGAAUCUUUGGUGUUUGCUCCUUUCUUUGCUACUCAUGGGGGACUCCUAUUCAAGUUACUGUAGAAUGAGCCUCUUUGUACAAAAACAUAUUUCUCCAAAUAAACAUAGAGUUAUUCUGUCUAGACAAAUUCUUUUUACUUGUCAUUUUUUUGAGAAGUGAGUAUUAUUUCCACACAUAACAUUUCUUGGGAAAAUUAUUGUAUAGGUAAUCCGUAAUUACCUUACAGAAAAAUAAUAAU